UAAAGCAAUCCAAGUCAGAUAUUUUCGAAGAACUAUCAUCAAGUAAAUUGAACACUAAAUUCUACUAAAAGAAUUAUACGCAUCUCUUAGUGCACAAUUUUAAAUUAAAAGUUGAAUUUCAAGUAGCCAAUAAUUAUGAAGUUGUUCUCUAUAUUCGUUCUAUUGUCAGCUUGGCUGCUUUCUGCUCAAGCAUCCAAGUCCGACUAUAAUAUCUUUUGCUACUGGGAUGGCCAAUCCAAUAUGCGCAAGUAUCGUAGUGUUUAUCAAUAUUGGGAUGUUAAUACGCAAUAUUGCACUCAUCUGGUUUAUGGCUCAACCUUGGGCUUAGAUCCCGCUGGCUCCGGCAAAGUGGAGUUUGAAUAUCCAGAGGAAUAUAUUGAUUUCAAUCAUAUGGCUAAAUAUAAGAACCUUAAGAAUGUUCAAAUCAAAUCAAUAAUCUCGAUUGGCAACUGGCGGGAUCAAUCGUCCUUGAUUUCCGAAAUGAUAUCAGAUACUCGCAAGCGAGAUCAAUUCUACACAUCACUCAUUGGUGUGCUCUAUAAGACCGGUGUUCAGGGCGUACAGAUCAACUGGGGAUUUCCAGCUCAUCGUCACAUGCACUCCAAGGAUCGCGAGAACUUUGUGACAUUUCUGCACGAGCUAAAGAUUGUUCUAGAUGAGCACAAGUUUAUGCUUAUGGUCGCUGUCUCUGCUCGGCUGGAUGAGAAAACUCUGGCUGCCUACGAUAUUCCCAGCAUAAUGAAAUAUGCAGAUUUUGUUAGCCUGCUUGUGCACAACCAUCAGGAUCCCUACAGUCGCCGAUUGAGCUACAAUGCUCCACUUUCGGGAGAUAAGCUGAAGAGUGUUGAGAGCUGUGUCGCCCACUGGGUGAAGCACAGCAAGAUGCCCUCGAAACUGCUACUGGCUAUUCCAUUGUUCGGACAGACCUACACAAUGGCCUCCUCGAACACAACUGUGGGCUCAGCUAGCAAAGGACCUGGCCGACAGCAACAAGCUUCACUGCGUCCGGGUUACACAACCUUUGGCGAAUUUUGCACCCAAUCUGGCAAAUGGCAAAGGAAAUUCGAUAAUGUGACCCAAGUGCCGUAUGCUUAUAAGGACGAUCAGUGGAUCAGCUAUGAAGAUGGUCGCAGCAUCAGCGCCAAAACACAUGUGGUGGAGCAGCAGCAUCUCGGUGGUGUCCUCGUUAUGUCCCUCGAUGCCGAUGACACCCAAGCAGCAUGUGGUGAACGCUUUGCCUUGUUGCGUGUUAUCAUUUCAAUCAUUGGGGAUCCAGAUACUUUGACCACGCAGGCAGCAACCACAGAGUCUACCGGUCUCUGUCCUCGCGAUGGUUUCUUCCGCAAUAUGUGGGAAUGCGAUUUAUACUACGAGUGUCGCGACACCAAGCGCUUUGAUUACGAAUGCGUCAAGGGAUAUUAUUUCGAUGAGAAGCUCGGUGAAUGCCAGCCAGCCAGCCAGGUUGAGUGCAAGCAAAACUUUGUCACCUGGCGACCAGGUCAAAAGCUGUAUAACUUUAAGAAUCUGCCUCUGAAUCUGAAGAUUGUGCAGUAGCCAAGUUAACAAAAUAAACACGCAAAUGAUUGUUCGGUAGUGAUGUUAAAAAAAGCAUCAGCAUUUUACUAAUUCGGCAUAGUUGCAAUUGCUGCUGUUGUAGUCAUAACGUAGACCUGUAGGACAGUCAAAGUUGAACGUUGCCCCCUCAUAACAGUAAUAGAACUUUGAGCAAUUCUUCUCAUCCCGCACAUAACCAACAUCGCCUGGGCAGCGAUAUUCCUCUUCUUCUGUCUGCGGCUCAGCUUUCAGUCCUGUGGGUGUUUCCCUGCCAAAGAGCACACGAUUAAUUUGCUUCAGCAGCGGGUAACUGUUGUUGCCACAAUUGCCCCGGAAGUCAUCUGAUUCCAAUGACCAGACCAUAACACCUGCCAAUUGUUUGUCCACGGCAUAUUGUGUCUUAAGCAUCAGGCUCUGUUCAUUCUCAUACCCCACCCAGCGGCGAUCCUUGUAGGCAUAAGGCACCUGUUGCUCAGUUUCCCAUUCCUGCGACCACUGUUCCUUCUCCAUCAAAUGACACAGUUCAUUGUAACUCAAGACGCCAGGCUCACGUGAGUAGGGUCCUGCAAUGCCACGUCCAAUGUGAGCCGAGCCUGGCUGAUGAUUCUCGGCAAGUGUCAAGGUAAAUGUGCGUCCAUAGAAGGGCACACCAAGUAUUAGCUUCUCUGGUGGUGCUCCAGCAUCCAACCAAUACUUGAUCGCCGCAUCCACAUUCAACUGCUUCUCACGCGGCGUCUUGUCAUUGGGUCCGGCGUAUAGAGGCGCAUUAAUACCGACUGUUGUGUCCCAAGGACCGUGCAGAUCAUAAGCCAUGACGUUGAUUAGAUCCAAGUAUGGCAAAAUGGCUGGUAUAUCGUAUGAUUGCUCGGCCGAAAACUUAGCUGAUCCCACAGCAGCUGUAAGUAGAUAGCCAAAUGGAUCUAAUCCCUCUUUAAGUUCCUUGAGAAACGUUAUGUAGUUGGCACGAUCAUUGGUAUUCGUCAGAUUGUGUCGUUGUCCAGGAUACUCCCAAUCCAAGUCCAGUCCAUCGAAUCCAUGGUGCUGCAGAAAAUCGGUCA